GAGAGUCGUCAGAGAUCAACCAGAACUCUCAAAUACAUUGACACGCUUUUCCCUGGAAGUUCGAAUGAAAUUCGAAGGGAGAAGAGACUGAGAGACGAAGAAAGAACUGCGAUCCUUGAGAUUCGAACUCUCGUUUCCAUUCUACAUCACAAUUCAAUUCACCCAAGUUUCCUGAUUGUUCUGCAAAAAUGUUCAAAUUCUGGGGUUCUCAAGAGCAACAAGCUCAGCCUCAUCCACAGGAAAUACCUACAGAGUCAUGGUAUCCGUCAUCUGUGGUCAGCUCUCCUAGUUCUUCCCGCCCCACAACACCUAGUCCGAGCUCCUCUGGAAGCUUCAGUGUAUCAAGGCCUUCUGACAGACAGAAUUCUGCAUCACACGUAUCUCCUGCAGAGGCUGCUGGUAUUAUAGCUGUGUUAAAAGAUAAGAGUGUUGAGGAGCUUCGGAAGCUUUACUCUGACAAGGAUGCUUAUCACAACUUUCUACUUUCACUUGAGGCCGUCAAAACUCAAAAUAAUGUAAGGGAUGAGCUUCGUAAUGAAACUAUGCAGCUUGCUAGGGAAAAUCUAGAAAAAGAACCAAGGAUCAUGGAGCUUAGAAAUCAAUGCAGAAUAAUUCGAACAACUGAAUUAGCUGCUGCUCAGGAAAAGCUGCAUGAACUUGAAAGGAGAAAAGGGGAGCUCCUGAAGUUCUACUCUCCUGCAUCCCUUCUUCGUCGACUCCAUGAGGCAACUAAUAAAACAGAGGAGGAAUCUGAUACCCUACACAGGCAGCUUCUUGAUCAAGAAAUUGAUCUCUCUGCAUUUGUGCAGAAGUACAAGAAAUUGCGCCAGGCCUACCACAAACAAGCACUUACUCACCUUGCAGCCAAGACAUCCAUAACUGGCUAAAAACUACUACUGAAUAUUAAGUUACUACUUAUUUUACUGUCUUACAUCAUCUGUAUACUACUAAUGUUUUGGAUGUUUUUACUGCCGGAGCUAUGACUCUCAUUUCCAUCUUGUCUUUAUUAGUAUCCUAUUUACUUUAGGACUCUCUAGAGUUUAUUAUGUUCAAUAGGAUUCUUCUUGUAUAUAUAUUUUGUAAUCUUCCUGUAUUCUGAUCAUUGAAUAUACACAAACACACUUCCAUUCUUGAACAA